CCACCUCUUGUUAUCCUGGAAUUUGUUCCUCAUGGCGAUCUUCUUGGAUAUCUAAGAAAAAGUAAUGGAGAAAAUGAUGAUUUCUAUGAUUUUAAAAGCAAGGACGUGCCAUCAAAGAUACCAGAACGACAACUUUACCAAUUCUCAGCUGAUAUCGCCCGUGGAAUGGAAUUUAUCUCGGCGCACCAGGUUUGCUGAUCUCCAUGAAUGCUUUGCCUUUUCGCUGUUUCCAGAGAUAUAUAUAGAUAUGGAUUGCUUGUGUAGAGACAAGAAAGAUUACGGGAACGCUAAGCAAAAGUAUCAAAUUUGUCUUGACGAAGCUAGAAAAGUUAGUUACAUCGCAUGCCUUGCGAGGCGUCAAGGCUCUGUGCUCUUGUUGCCGCCAACUUAAAGAUGAAAACAGUGGACUCGGAUUGGUUAGAUUCCCCCACAAAAAUUCACCGAUGCGGUUACCCGAAAAAAUUAGGUACUCGUGCGCCGAAUAAAAACGCUGGCAAAUAUAUAGUUCAGCGAAGAAGGAACUAUAUAGUACAGUCUGAGCUCUACUUAAUUGAGCUGGCAUUAAAGAUUUAAAACAAUCUUUAAGGAGAUCCAUCUUUGCAGCUAAGAAGGAUUUUCGUGGCGAGCACUUUUCGUUAUUUUCGUCACCUCCGUUUAAACUCACAACGAAACGACGCAAACAAAAGCCCAGGCACAAGAGAAUGAAAAAUCGCUUCGUUACACUGUUUGUUAUGGCUCGAGAUUAGAAGCUUUGCCCCCGCAAUUUUAAGCUUGGAUGACGAAAAAAAUAAGGAAAAUCACAAUGCCUGCGUCAGAAAAUUUAUUGGCAAACCUUUUUAUGUAAUGAUUAAACACGUUAUUGUUUCUGGUCGUAGCUUAUCCACAGAGAUCUGGCAGCGCGAAACAUCUUAGUUGGUGAAGGGCUGCGCUGUAAGAUUACCGAUUUUGGCAUGGCAAGGGACCUGGGCCGAGAGGAAAUCUAUGUUAGAAGAUCCAAUGUAAGUACGCGUAUAUAAUAAGGACAGCUGUCCUGGGACACAAGCGCGGUGGAAAGCCCUUUGGCCGCUUUCUUUAUGCCAAAUCGAAAAUAAAUUUCCUGCCGGUUACGAUUAAUUUAAGACUGCCUGUUCGAUAGGCAAGCGCACAUCGUAAGCCGUAUCGUAACUGCGCUGUGAUUGCUGUCAAUUCUAUGUACCAAACGAUUUCUGAAUUCAAGGUUCUGCCUUUAUUGACAGGGUUUGAUGCCUGUAAAAUGGAUGGCAGUUGAGUCGCUAAUAAAUCAAGUUUAUACUACAGAAAGUGAUGUGUAA